AUGGUUAAAGUACAUGAUAAAUGUGACACACACAAAUUAGCAUUGGCUAAAUAUAAAGGGUGGUGUAAUUCUAAAAUACAAGGCAGUGUUACAACUAUUAUUGACUCAAAAAUAAGAGUUGAAGUUGCAAGAAAUAGGACAACGUUAGAAAGUUUAAUAAGGUGUGCCAUAUAUUGUGCUAGGCAAGAUAUUGGUUUGCGAGGACAUUCAGAAACAACUAAAAUCUCUGAAAUUGUGAAUAAUGAUAUUGCAACAAAAAACAAAGGAAAUUUUUUAGAGCUUGUAAAGUUAUUAUGUAUUGAAAGUCAAACAUUUUGUUCAGCUUAUGAAGCGUUACAAAAUAGUGCAAAAUACACUAGUAAAUAAUUCAAAAUGAUAUGAUAAGUGCAGCUUCCACAGUGAUUACUCAGUCUAUUUUAAAAGAAGCACAAGAAGGUAGUAAAAUAUUCAGCUUUAUUGUUGACGAAGCCAGAGAUGAUGCAAAGUUAAAGCAAAUGAGUAUUUGUAUUCGGUAUGUACAUAAUUCAGUGAUAAAAGAAAGGUUUUUAGGAUUUGUUGAACUCAAAGAAUUAAAUGCUAAUGCUCUAAGCUGUAAUAUUAAAUUAUUUUUGAAUAAUUUUGGACUAGAUUUGAGUAACUGUGUAAGUAAGUUUUAUGAUGGAGCAUCAGUUAUGUCUGGUCAGUUCAACGGAGUUCAAAAAAAAAUUAAAGAUAUGUCAGGAAAUUUGUAUACAUAUAUACAUUGCUAUGCACAUAUAUUGAAUUUAGUUUUAGUUGACGUUUCAAGAAAGGUAGAAGAAGUAUAUGAUACUAUAGGUCUCUUGGAAGCAGUAUAUGCAUUUCAAUCAUCAUCAACAGUAAGGUAUCAAGUAUUUUUUGAUAAAACUGGGUCGAAAGUUCCUAUGCACUGUGACACACAUUGGGUAUCAAAAUUUAAAAGUAUUCGUUACUUUAAAAACAACUUUGCAUUAGUAUUAACAGAAUUAAAAGAGUGUAUUGAAAGUUCAAAAUCUAAGGAAGCUGCUGAAGCUAAGGGUUUAAUAAUUCAAGUAAAUUCUUUAAAAACUAUUAUGUUACUUUUUUGUUUGGAUUAUAUUUUGCCUUUAGUAAAUAUUCUAUCAUUAAACUUACAGACAAAUACACUUGACUAUAGCCGUUGUGCAAAAUUGAUCAAAUCUACUAUGGAACAAUUGAUCAAUUUAAGGUUAGAAAAAAUAUUCAUCAAUAUUUACAAUGAAGCNGAAAUAGGACAAUGUUGGAAAGUUUAAUAAGGUGUGCCAUAUAUUGUGCUAGGCAAGAUAUUGGUUUGCGAGAACAUUCUAAAACAACUGUAAUCCCUGAAAUUGUGAAUAAUGACAUUGCAACAGAAAACAAAGGAAAUUUUUUAGAGCUUGUAAAGCUAUUAUGUAUUGAAAGUCAAACAUUUUGUUCAGCUUAUAAAGCGUUACCAAAUAAUGCAAAAUACACUAGUAAAAUACUUCAAAAUGAUAUGAUAAGUACAGCUUCCACAGUGAUUGCUCAAUCUAUUUUAAAAGAAGUACAAGAAGUUAGUAAAAUAUUCAGCUUAAUUGUUGACGAAAUCAGAGACGAUACAAAAUUAGAGCAAAUGAGUAUUUGUAUUCGGUAUGUACAUAAUUCAGUGAUAAAAGAAAGGUUUUUAGGAUUUUUUGAACUCAAAGAAUUAAAUGCUAAUGCCCUAAGCUGUAAUAUUAAAUUAUUUUUGAAUAAUUUUGGACAAGAAUUGAGUAACUGUAAGUCAGUCUUAUGAUGGAGCAUCAGUUAUGUCUGGUUAGUUCAACGAAGUUCAAAAAAUAAUUAAAGAUAUGUCAGGAAAUUUGUGUCUAUAUAUACAUUGCCAUGCACAUAAAUUGAAUUUAGUUUUAGUCAAGAAAGGUAGAAGUACAUGAUACUAUAGAUCUCAUGGAAGCAGUAUAUGCAUUUCAGUCAACAUUAACACUAAAGUAUCAAACAUUUUUUGAUAAAACUGGGUCGAAAGUCCCUAUGCACUGUGACAUGUUGAGUAUACAAAUUUAAAAGUAUUCAUUACUUUAAAAACAACUUUACAUUAUUAUUAACAGCAUUAAAAGAGUGUACUGAAAGUUCAAAAUCUAAGGAAGCUGCUGAAACUAAAGGUUUACUAAUUCAAAUGAAUUCUUUAAAAACUAUUGUUACUUUUUUGUUUGGAUUAUAUUUUGUCUUUAGUAAAUAUUCUACCAUUAAACUUACAGACAACACUUGACUAUAGCCGUUGUGCAAAAUUGAUCAAUUUAAAGUCAGAAAAAAUAUUUAUCAAUAUUUGUAAUGAAGUUGUUAGUGUAUCGCAGACUUUGAAUAUUGAACCUAACGAUACACUACGUCCAACAAGAGAACAGAGAAUUUCAUCAACCUUGGAUAACUAUUUAACUUAUUCAACACUUGGUGCUAGUACUAGUAGAAAAGAAAAACAAAACAUAUCAUCUAAAGAUACAGAAAAUGAAUUUAAAAGUCUUUUUCCAGAUUUUAGAUAA